UCCUCUUCACGCUAGCUGUCAGCAAGAACUUCACGACUCUGUGCCCCAUGCAGACCCCAUAACUUUGUAACCCAGUGUGCCUGCUGCUGCUGCGGCUGCUACAAGACAGUGAGACUUCCGCUCCAGUCUGUACUGCACCCAUAGAUAUAUAGAAAGCAUCACAAUGGUUCCGUGCGGGCCAGCUUUGUCAUUUGUCCGAUGUUUGCUUAGAAGAAAAAUUGUGACUCUGGACAGUCUUGAAGACUCAAAAUUAUGUCGCUGCCUUUCAACAGUCGAUCUUAUUGCAUUAGGAGUAGGGAGCACUCUUGGUGCUGGAGUCUAUGUCUUGGCUGGAGAAGUGGCCAAAGCAAAUUCUGGACCUAGUAUUGUCCUUUCCUUCCUCAUUGCAGCUUUAGCCUCUGUGAUGGCUGGUCUCUGCUAUGCUGAAUUUGGAGCCCGUGUACCAAAGACAGGAUCUGCUUACUUGUAUACAUAUGUCACAGUCGGUGAGCUUUGGGCCUUUAUCACUGGCUGGAACCUCAUUUUAUCCUAUGUAAUAGGCACAUCAAGUGUGGCAAGAGCAUGGAGCGGUACAUUUGAUGAACUACUUGGAAAACAAAUUGGCCAUUUUUUUCGAACCUAUUUUAGGAUGAAUUCCACUGGCCUUGCUGAGUAUCCGGACUUUUUUGCAGUUUGUCUUAUUUUGCUACUGUCAGGUCUUCUGUCAUUUGGCGUUAAAGAAUCUGCCUGGGUAAACAAGGUAUUUACAGCAGUAAAUGUUCUGGUGCUCCUGUUUGUGAUGAUUGCCGGAUUUGUCAAGGGAGAUCUGCAAAACUGGAAGAUAACAGAAUCCUUUCUUCAAAACAUCUCCGCCCCAGCAGAUAAUCAUGUCUCUUAUGAUAACGUGACAAGUUUGUACGGCGUUGGAGGUUUUAUGCCAUAUGGACUGACAGGGAUGCUGGCAGGAGCAGCAACCUGCUUUUACGCCUUUGUAGGAUUUGAUUGCAUUGCUACAACCGGUGAAGAAGUCCGAAACCCACAAAAAGCAAUACCCAUCGGCAUAGUCACCUCACUGUUAGUGUGCUUUAUGGCCUACUUUGGGGUUUCAGCAGCUUUGACUCUGAUGAUGCCCUAUUAUUUGUUAGAUGAGAAAAGUCCUCUUCCUGUAGCAUUUGAAUAUGUUGGUUGGGGCCCUGCAAAAUAUGUGGUAGCCGUUGGCUCUCUCUGUGCUCUUUCUACCAGCCUGCUGGGCUCUAUGUUCCCUCUUCCCCGAAUUCUGUUUGCCAUGGCACGAGACGGUUUACUCUUUAGAUUUCUUUCCACCGUGAGUCGGCGGCAGUCACCAGUUGCUGCCACCUUGACAGCUGGGGUGAUUUCUGCUAUAAUGGCAUUUCUUUUUGAUCUAAAAGCCCUUGUUGACAUGAUGUCUAUUGGUACACUUCUUGCUUACUCCCUUGUGGCGGCCUGUGUUCUCAUCCUCAGGUACCAACCUGGUGUAGGUUAUGAAAAGCCCAAAUGUGAUACUGAAAAAGAAAUGUUGUCGGCAUCUGAGAGAGAGUCAAUGAUGAACGAGUCUCAGAUUAUUAUCCUGCAAGAACAACGUUUCAGUUUCCACAGUUUAAUAAACACUCCAAGCAUACCAACUGAUCAGUCUGCUUUUAUCGUGAGCUCCCUUGUUGGAAUUCUGGCUAUUCUUAUAUGUGCACUGAGCAUCCUCACAACAUACGGAGUGCAGGCCAUAGCGAAUUUGGAAGUGUGGAGUAUUAUUCUUCUUAUUCUGUUUAUUUUACUCAUCGUUCUAAUUGUGCUUGUUAUAUGGAGACAGCCACAGAACCCGCAUAAAGUAUCUUUUAUGGUUCCAUGUCUUCCAUGUCUUCCAGUUUUUAGUGUCUUGGUAAAUGUUUACUUGAUGGUUCAGUUAAGCGGAGACACCUGGAUAAGAUUUAGUGCCUGGAUGGCAUUAGGUUUCGUUAUUUACUUUGCAUAUGGCAUUAGACACAGUCUUGAAGGCAAACCCAAGAAAAAUGAAGCGGAAGAGGACGAUGCAGACUCAGAAAACAGUGGUAUAGAGGACAAAAGUAUAGCAAAAGAAAACGAGGAGGAAAAUGCGAAAGAAAGUGAUCACUUUAUUUUGCACGAAAGGACAAGUGAAUGCUAGUUGGCAUUAUCAGAAAAUAUUUAAGAUACUGUUUGAAGCAGAAAACUGUACCUGCAAUUGGUUAAAGUUGCCUUAUGUUUGAUGUUAAAACUGCUGCCAGAAAAAGAGCGAACAGUUCUAGGGCACGAUAAGACGGCUCUGUUCUGUGGAUCUAUUUGUUUUCCACACAAAAAAAGGUCAUGUCUAUUUACCAUGAGAGACAUGAGGUCUUGCUGCUAACUAGUUUGAAUAUGUUGUAUUUCAAGCUUACCCUGUGUCUUUUUCUUUGGCACUGCAACAUGAUUCAAGUACUUGUACUGAAAUAUGUAAUUCCCUCAAUUCAUAAAUAACUAUUUUUUUUAAUGGUAUGAACUAAAAUGUGAAAUUCAAAAUGUCACAGGGAAGAUGCCCACAUUGUCUGGUUACAAUGUUUCAUGGCCACAAUUUCAUACAAAGUAUUGAAGCUUAUUUUGGCCUUAAUCGUCCUGUAUUUGUGGUGUAAUUUCCCCCCAAAAUAGAUAAAUUGUGUAUGUGUGUGUGUAUGUAUAUAUAUAUAUAUAUAUAUAUAUAUAUAUACACACACAUAUACAGUAUAUAUAGUGAUUCUGCAGUUCAGUAUAAAUCUGAGAAUUGUGUUCUACUUAUCCAACAGCAGAGGAGCAAGCAAGUUUAUUACACCAAAUAUAUACCUCUACCACCCUUUCAUAACAGCAUUUUAACCAUGUAAUACUGUUUAUAAAUCAUAAUAUUCUAUGUGUACUUAAUAUAACAUUUUAAAACACUAAUCUAUUCAGAACUUGGGAGACACAGAACAGGAAAAACUCAGGGUACAUCCAUACAUAUCAAAUGUGCCAAAUAAUUCUAUACACCAGCUGUGUCUUACACUUAUGGUUGGUCAUGUUCACAUAGUAUUGUUUAUAUUGGCCUUUAAUAUAGACCAUUUUAUUUAGAAAACAUUUGGAAGUUUUUUUCAUAGUAUUUUAUCUUUGUAUUAUGUAUAAUAAUCUCUUUAACUGCUUGAAAGGCCUGUAAAAUAUUGCUGUCCCAAACCAAAGCAUUGCUGGCCAUGAAGCUUACAAGCAGUAUGUAUAACUAGUCUAACACUGUUACGAUAUUAGGCUAAGGCACUAAUUAAUAUAUGUUGUAUUUUAUUGAUCUACAAGCUACCUUGUAGUUUUUAAAACUUAGCUUAGCUUUUUGUUGCAAUACGAUUGGUGGAUCAUUCUUUGUAUUUGCAUAAGAUUAAAUGUUAAAUAUUUAAAUUUUAUAAAUGGGUAAUUUACAGCAAUAUAAAAAGUUCAGUUUAGCAGAGAGAAAUAUGUAGGGAGAAAAACAAUAGAUAUAAACCCUUUGUUAUUAAAGAAUAUUUAAAUAUUGUUGAAUGCAAAAAUCAGAAAUACGUUUUCCCUUUGACACCUGUCAAAAGGAUGUUUGUGUACAUAUAUUAACCAUCCAAAAGGAUAAAUUUACUUAUAUUUUUGAGACUUUUCUAGGCUGCUAAACAUCUCCAAUGUUUUAUACUACUAUUCUGAAAAGGAUUAUAUAGGGAUUGGGGAGUUUUGUUUCAUGAGAACCCUCUUAGUAGCUAAUUAAUUUAGAUCUAUAACUGGUUUCUAUCUAUUAAGUGAAAUUUCUGUUCCCUGAUAUAUGUUUAUUUGUAGUUAGGGUUGUCAGGUGUCCAGUAUUUCAGCUGUCUGUACUGUAAUUUAUAUGUAAAAAUACUGGACAUUUAAAGGACCAUUAAAUACAGUAGAUUUUUUAUGACAAAUUUAAAAAUAUUGUUUAAUUUGCUGCCCCCUGUAUUAUGUGACAGCCAUCACAGACUAAAAAACGUAUACACUGUGAACUCUUACACAUGCCCAGUAGUAGCUAGACCUUCAGAAAGUGUACAUAAAAAAGACUGUUCAGAAUUUGUGUAUGUAUAUAUGUGUGUGUGUAUGUGUAUAUUAUAUAUAUAUAUAUAUAUAUAUAUAUAUAUAUAUAUAUAUAUAUAUAUAAUGUUUAAUUUGUAGGUGUAUGCACUCUCACCAUCUGUCAACAACUGCCAGGGUGCUAUAAGGAUAUGUCCAUAUUUUCAAAAAUAGAAUAAGCACUGAAGUCCAGUGAGUGCUUAUUCUAUUUUUGAGAAUUUUUUUUUUUUAUUUAUAUAUAUAUAUAUAUAUAUAUAUAUAUAUAUAUAUAAUUGGACGUUUCGGCUUGUCAAAUUAAGCCUUUUACAAGACCAUGUUAUCUUAAUCAGAUUAAAGCUGUUAGGUGCUCUAUGCCGCCAUUCAUGAGCUCCGUCAGAUUUCAUCUGAUUAAGAUAACAUGGUCUUAAAAAGGGCUUAAUUGACAAGCCGAAACGUCAAAUUUACUUUGUGGAUGCAAUGUGUAUUCUAAUCUGUUAAAUAAUAUUUUGUGAAAAACAAAUCCUGUGAGUGCCCUCAUAUUUUGGAAAAAUUUGUGAAUACUGGAGAGGAGACACCAAGGCUCAGAAAAAGUGAUACAGCUGGGAGUGAAUGCAUGGAGACUGUGUAUAUAUGUGUAUAUAUGUAUGUAUAUAUAUAUAUAUAUAUAUAUAUAUAAAAAAUAGUAUGGUCCUGAAGAUGCACAAUCUGCCUGUUGAAUUUUUAUAUGAGCAAUGAAAAUUACUCAGAAGAAAAGUUUGACCAUCUUUAAUAUGUAAAUGUGCCCAUAGCUGAGGAACUUGCUUACAUGGCAACUUUGAAACCCAUGACAGUUUUUGCCAUCGGUUUCUAAAUGUUUAUAUUACCUGGAUUAAAUAGAAUCUGAUGUGUAAGAUAAUCUAUACUACAAAUUGCCAGGAAGCAUGACUAUUACUGCUUACAGAGAGUUAAAACCAUGAAGUAAUCAACUCAAGGAGUUAGUAAAGGUUUUUUAAAACUAAUAUAUCUCCCCAAGCCACCGCCCCUAACAUUUAAGGCAUUUUUUGAAGAUUUAUUCAAAAAUGCCCUAUCUAUUUUUAGGCAUGAUUUUGACUUGUGUAUUUAUCUGAAAUAGUUGAAAAAUACUAAAUUAGUAUGACUGAAACCUUCAUAUGAAACUAUAAGAUGAAAUUGGUGUUGAUUUCCUAGGAUUUAAAAGAUAUCCUGUACCUGUUGAGAUGGUCCACUUAAGAUGUUAAUCAUUGAUUGGCCACCUGUGCCAAAUUAGAGAAGGUUUCAGGUUCCUGCCAUGUUACCAGCAAGAUCUAAGUUUACUCUAAAUACAUUGAUAAAAAAUACUGUGAAUAUAAAUUAUAUAAAGCCAAUAUUACGCAAAAUGUAUAACUAAAUCCCAUUGUUUGGUUUGAGCAAUUUGGGAUUUGUUUCACAUAUGUAAGGCACCUUGUUUAAGAGACUGAUUUAAGAGCCUGGUAUAAUUAUACCCUUUUGUUUUUGCACAUGCUAGUUUUAUUUCAUGUGCCCCUAAUGCAUUUUCUUUGAGUUGUUUUAUUUAUAAACAUGGUUAUCCUCAAGCUACAAUAGAAUCAUUUGAGAGACGCUUCAUAAUUUAAAGGGACACUAUACCCAAAAAUUUUCUUUCGUGAUUCACAUUAAGCAUGAAAUUUUAAGCAACUUUCUAAUUUACUCCUAUUAUCAAAUUUUCUUCAUUCUCUUGGUAUCUUUAUUUGAAAUGCAAGAAUGUAAGUUUAGAUGCCGGCCCAUUUUUGGUGAACAACCUGGGUUGUCCUUGCUGAUUGGUGGAUAAAUUCAUCCACCAAUAAAAAAGUGCUGUCCAGAGUACUGAAACCAAAAAAAAGCUUAGAUGCCUUCUUUUUCAAAUAAUGAUAGCAAGAGAACGUAGAAAAAUUGAUAAUAGGAGUAAAUUAGAAAGUUGAUUAAAAUUGCAUGCUCUUUCUGAAUUACAAAAGAAAAAAUUUGGGUACAGUGUCCCUUUAAGAACAUUUAGUGUAUUAUUUGAAGAAUAUGGUGCAUCAAAAACAAUAUAUGGAUUGUAUAAAUAGUUGUUUAAAAUAAACACAUACACUAAAUAAAUAUUCUUAAAUUAUGAAGCAUCUCUCGAAAUAUGCUAUUGUAGCUCGAGAAUAACCAUGUUUGUAAAUAAAAUAACCCAAAGAAAAUGCAUUAGGGACAAUUUUUUUAAAAUCUAAAUAUAGUCAAAAUGGAGAUGAGUUUUAAUUGAGUUAACAAUUUCUUCCUUUUAAAAAAAUUUUUUUCUCAAAACUUACACCAAAAAUGGACCAAAUUCGAAGGAAGUUAACAACUUUUGAUGGUCUCUGAUGACGAGUCACUCAACUGCCCGGUUUAUAUUUUUACACAAAUACGUUAUAUUGAAUUUGGCGAUUCAUUUAUUAUUCUAUUUUAUGUACCAAAUUGCUUUUCUGGAAUCUAAAUUAUUUACCUGUUACAAAUAUAGCAAUGGGAUAUCAAUGUUUUGUAUUAUUUAAAAAAGUAAUAAUAUCUUUAAUAUUAUUAGCUGCUUUGAUUUUAAAAAUUGUAUCUGUAACAAGAAAUAGGUUCUUUAGGUUUUAAAAUUCUUAGCACUAUUAAAAUGCCAAAAUAAUUAAACUGAACUUUGUUAUUAAGCACAAAGUUUUUAGGACAUUUAAUUUUACAGAACUAGAAUUUUCUGUAAAAAUGUCUAAUGCAUCCAGUGUGCUUGAUUACAGUGCUGGCACUUGUUUAGCUGAAUCACAUGACUCGUAUAGCAAUGUAUUAAGACGAUCAGUGUGUGUGUGUGGCAACUUCAUUGUUAAUGAUUUUUUUUCUUCAUAAAUGGAAAGAGUCCACAGCUGCAUUCAUUACUUUUGUGAAUUCGGAACCUGGCUGCCAGGAGGAGACAAAGACACCCCAGCCAAAGGCUUAAAUACUCCUCCCACUCCCCUCAUCCCCCAGUCAUUCUUUGCCUUCAUUCCAGGAGGUUGGCAGAGAAGUGUCAGAAGUUUUCGAUAGUCUCUUAUGGAGGGUAGUACUCUUCGGCAUGGGACUAGAGUUUUAAGUAGUUCUGUCAGCCUCUCAGUGAGAGCAUGGGUGAAAGUUAGAGUCCGGAGAUGCAGGGAGAGUCUUUCUGCGAAACCAAUCCUACUAAUAUUAACAGCUCCACAAGCAAUCAGACGAGUAAUCUUAAUAUCUCCUGAGGGGGGUUAUUGAACAGGGGACAAAGACAAAGACACCCCAGCCAAAGGCUUAAAUACUCCUCCCACUCCCCUCAUCCCCCAGUCAUUCUUUGCCUUCAUUCCAGGAGGUUGGCAGAGAAGUGUCAGAAGUUUUCGAUAGUCUCUUAUGGAGGGUAGUACUCUUCGGCAUGGGACUAGAGUUUUAAGUAGUUCUGUCAGCCUCUCAGUGAGAGCAUGGGUGAAAGUUAGAGUCCGGAGAUGCAGGGAGAGUCUUUCUGCGAAACCAAUCCUACUAAUAUUAACAGCUCCACAAGCAAUCAGACGAGUAAUCUUAAUAUCUCCUGAGGGGGGUUAUUGAACAGGGGGGUUUAUAAUCAUGUUUAUGUGAUUCUGUCGGCUACUGUGUAGUGUUGCUUCGGCUCUUGGCUAUUUUGGAACAUAACGGCCUAUAUCUAGUGACGCGGCCUUUACGGUCGGGCGCGCUUUUGCAUGGACUGCACGGUUUACCUUGUGACUCCAUUUCCGCAUUCCUGACCAUGUGGCAAUGGAGAAAUCCUGGUCCGCUGGUGUCUGGUUCUCUGGAGGUGGUGAGUGCCCCAGCCAUUGGUGGUGUAAGGGGCCGUUUAGAUUUUUCUUAUUGGUCCAUUUUUUAUUCAGUGUCCCAGUUAUGGAGGAUUCUGAUUUUUCUACUCUUGUAUCGCCAUCAAGAUUCUGGAAGAGGUUUGCAGACUCCAGUCUCACGCAAUCUAUAUUUGUUCGUUCAAGCUACACAAGUAGUACUUUGUUUGGCAUACGUCUUAUAUGAGACUUAUCAUGGACACUGGCACUUACUGGUACUCACGUAUAUAGUUAAUACUCUAUUCAUGUCAUAUUUUUUAUGAAUAUAUGUCAUUGAUAUAUAUGUUUGUUAUUAGUGCUGACUUUACUACAACAGCAUACAUUUAUAUAUAUUUGACAGAUCACUGUAUUAUUUAACAGAGUAUAUUUAUAUAUAGGUUUUUGCACAUAGUUGUGUAUUUUCUGCACACUUAUCAUUGGUGUUGACACCAGUUCACAUUUUCACAAUAUACUAUUUCACGUCUGUUGACAGACAGAUUUGCAUAUAACAGGCGCAUCUAACUUUCACUAAUAUUUUGGAGGAGUAUUUAAGCCUUUGGCUGGGGUGUCUUUGUGUCCUCCUGGUGGCCAGGUUCUGAAUUCCCAAAAGUAAUGAAUGCAGCUUUGGACUCUCUUUCCAUGAAGAAAAGAAAAUUAUUAGGUAAGCAUAAUUUAUGUUUUUUAUAUAUUAAUUAACACUGACUAAAUGGACUAUGACUGAGCUUGACAAAUACCCCAAGACAGAUAAUCUCCUAGACCCAUAGGAUUUUAUUUCCGGCUUCUAACGUUCUGUAUUAUUAUACAUGUGUAUGGCAAGAUCAUAGCUUGAAAUGUAUUUUUUAACACCAAACUAUGUGAUUAAUUAUUAGUAGUACAAUAAAUUAUUUCUUAAGUGGUAUACCAGGAUAUCUUAUUUAUAGAAUCAAAGGUAAAUAGUAAAGUAGAUGAAACCAAAACUAGCUCAUACGUACAAAACCGUUUGGAGCAUGAUAGCCUUCUUCCUGGAACAAAUAUCAAGAAGCCCCUUUGAGAAUCACAAUAUCAUAAAUUAGCUGAAGCAUUGUACUUUAGCCUUCGCAAGUUAUUCAGUUAGUUUUUGGGCUUCAGAAAAGGUUAGUGUAUUUUAGCAGUUCCAAUGCUUUGCAAGUGUUUUUGAAAACUAGGUUAUUAUGUAGGUUUUGCAUUGAGAGAAUGCCACAACCUCUAUCAAACAAUAUUUUUUUCAAUAUUUCGACUUCUAAUAAAUGUUAAAAUUGUGGUUCAUGCUCUAUUUAUGUUAACAAAUUUCAUCAUGUUUAUAGAAUUAAACAUCAAAAUUGAAUAAAAUACAGAAAAUAUAGUUGGAGAACAACACAAAAUUAUAGGAAAUUGUUUUAAUAGACCACCAUUGUCGAUUCUAAAUUAGCUGCUAUGUGUUAGCUGCUGAACUUCUGUUGGAUUGGAAUACCAUAGAGAACACAAAAAAACAUCCAAGUUGAAUACUUUUUUCAUAGUAAGUGUAAUAUCUAUAAAUGCAUUUUUAAUCCAUUGUGUGACAUUGCAACCUCUUUUUACAACAAUUCUGAAAGUCACAGAAUAGAUUCGCAGCAAAUAUGAAUUAAAGGGGGGAAAUAUUCUAUUCAGUAACUAUUUGUCAGUUUAUUUGUUUUUACCUAACAGACUUAAUAUUACCAAAGUGUAAAUUAUUUUGAUGGGGAAAUUGUUUAAAUAUUGGUCGAAAAUCUUAGUUUUUCCCAAAAUAUCUACAAUUUCUCACCAUUUUAGGCAUACUGCUCAUCAUGCUUUGUUCAAUCAAACCGCCAAAAAAAAAUGUGCAGUUUAAAUGAGAGGAAGUGCUUUAAAAAUUGAGCCAUAUUGUGUACUUACAUUUAACCAAUUCUAAGUUAAGGGGGCUGGUUUAUGCUUUCUAAAUAUUAAUAUGAAAUGCUUAAAAACUAUUUGUAUUAAUUAAAGAAAUAUAUGUAUUAGGUGAUGUAUUACUGCUUACCCAUGUGAUUUUUAUAUAUUGCUCUUUUGUAAAAAUUCUUUGCUAGAUUGUUAGCUAAACUGUAUGUCCCUCUAUUACAACCUUUUUGUCUGUAUUUGUUGCCACGUUCUAUACUAUGGUCAGUGCCGGCUCAAGAGAUUGUACUACCUGGGUUCAAGAAUGAAAUAAUCCCCCCAGCUGUCAACUACAGUCUAAACAAAACCAUAGUCAUUUGUCUCAAAAUUCAAGGUUUAGUAGAUUUAAGUUUCACAUGAAAGUCUGCUGAUUAGAGUAACUUUUCUUAAAAACAGUAUUAGCCAGCAUAUGUGUCCGGACCAUGUGUUAAAUGCCACCUGGGUCGCAUGGUCCAAUUAUAGAGCCAGCCCUGACUAUAGUAGUAAAAUGUGUUCUCUGUAUACCUAUUGUUUUUAUUAACAGAUAUUAAGAUGAUAUUAUUCUACAGACAUUUGCAGUUUUAUGUAUGGUGUUUUUAUUUGCCCACUGUAUGUAUUUGUAUAUAGUGCAGAUGCACCUAGAGAAGGUUUAAAGUUUAACGUCAAACAAAAAAAGCUUAUUUUCGCUUAACAGGGUCUGUCAUGAAAAAGUAUCUUACAUUUUGCAUAUGAAAAGUAAGACAGCACAUUUGUUGAUCUUUGUGUUUUUACAAAUAACACAUUAGCUUUGUCCUUGUAAGAUACCCAAAGUAAUUAUGUGAAUUACACAGUAUUGCCUUUACAUCUUAAAUAUAAAUUUGUAUUCUUGACGUAAUCUGUAUGUGACAUAGUUUACUUAUGUUGAGCACAUAUGAAUCAUGACACAUGUUUUUUCUUAAUGUAAUAUAUGCUCUGUAGAAUUGUAAUGUAUCCUUUCUGUAUUUUUUUACAAUAUAUAAAAAAUGACAAAAGUC